AGCCUGCACGACAGGCGCUUUAUGAGCUAUUGUAGCCUGGGUCGCCUGGGACCAGGGAAAAAGGCAAAAUACGUGGUCAAAUAGGAAAAAUAUUGGUGAGCGAAACGAGCCGAGCGGUGUCUUUCGCUUCAAGGAGAAAAUCGAAGGAACCGCGAACGACCUCGGACGUCUGAGAAUCAGGCUAGUAUAUAUUCAGAGGAGAGGGACAAAGUACCCCCCCCCCCCAACCCAAAGGACUUUUUUCUGAGAACAUGUUAGCCUGCGUUCACCUGUGUUGCAGCUAGACUUGGCACUAGAAGUGGAAUUUCGGAGAGGAGAGCUUAUUAGAAAAAGGCGCUUAUUCAAAACUGGCGAUGCCAAUCCUCGGUUUCCUCUACUGAGACUACCACUAGUGCGAAGUAAUGACAACGUCCCCUUGCCCCAUCCAGACUCUAUCUAUCGCCGGUCCACAAUUGCAAGCCCCACCUUGAGGAAAUACGAUAGGCUUCUGAGAAAAUACCAGGCAAGUGCCCGUGGAAAGAGUUCCACGGCCGUCAGCCAACCUCUGUGUUCUGUUUAUUUAAUUUAGACAAAUGCAGUUGAACGCCUUCUCGUCAAGGAUAAGAAAGCUUGUCAGUGUCAGUGUCCUAUUCCCUCUUUUCUCCUUUUCUCGCUCCGCGCCCCAUUCAGCUCAAUUUACCUGAUUCAUAGCCUAACGUCCCCAGCGGCGAAGAGCGAGGAGAAACGGAUGUUUUCGCAGGCUACCUGAUUCACAAUACACAAACUGAAACAAAUGAAGUGUUGACAAGAGGAAGUCGCUAAAGCGUGACGCGUACAUGAUAAUUUCGCAACACAACCUUGGCAGUAUGGCAUCGUUUCGUUCGUCUGCAGCAAAGCUCCGCUGUAUAAAGCGGUUAAAAUAUACGAUUGCUAGCCGAUUUUCAAGUAGUAACUCAGCAGAUACAAACAGUUCCUUCUUCAAACUACAUGCGGAUGAUAAAGCCAAGGUAAGGGUUUUAAAUUAUUACUUUUCGUGCACGAUCACACUCACGCAAGAAUCUCUUUUAGCGCAGGGUGCUCCGAAUUGCGUUUUUCUCUUCUUCUUCUUCUUUGUUUUAAUACAAUUUGUGAGUCAGACCAGAUUGAUUCUCAAAGAUUUUACAUAUUUGCUGAAAAAUUAUACUCAAACAACUUUGUUCGUAGUUUAACUGGGCUGUCGCCGACAGCGAUCGUAAACUUAUGUUUCUUGUCCGGUAAAAAGAAUCAGGCUAUACCGCAGCCAUUACGUACAAUAUUCUGAGAAGUUUGCCUUAUUGCCUUUCCCUUUCUUACAUCCAUAAUGUUUUCGAUAGAAGUUGUGAGGAAUUUGGGGGCUGUGUUGAAAUCUUUUCGAAAUUCGAACUCGAAAGUGGCGUAACAACUAUAUGAUUGCGUGACAAAUAAGUUUCCCAGGCCCACCAAUGUUACAAAAAUCUUAUCCUAUACAAAAGUGUGGGUCCAACUUCUUUGUUGCAUUUUAAAAAAUUUGAAAUAAAAAGGGGAGUGCUUUGUUUUAGUAUGAGAGAGAUGGCUACCUUGUGGUUAAAGACAUAUUCAGUGAGGAAGAAAAGAAGGAACUUAUUGACGCUACAGAUGAACUGAUUGAAAUGUGAGUUACUUACGUCCUUCCUAUAAUUUAUCAGAAAAAAAAUCAAAGUAGUGACUGUUCCUCAUGGAAGUCUUUACUUCUCGUAUCCCCAGGAGCAAAAGUAAAACCCAAUCAGACAAGUACUUCAUGCUGGAGGAAGGUCAUUCAUCCACCAGGUCCCUUUUGAAACGGUCACGUGUCAUCUGUCCAUCGCUUGUUCACCCCGUGUGGCACAAAGCUCUACGACAUCCGAAACUUCUAGACGUCAUUUCACAACUGGUAUUUGCGAAGUUUUUGUUUUUCUAUGGCUGUUUACCAUUUACAAGGGCAAACCGGUUGGUUCACUGUUUGAGUGAAUGGUAAGCAAAAUUCAGGACUGGUAAAUUUCCUCCCGCAAUCUUGCUUACCAUUUGCACAAAUCAGUUCCAUUUAAGGAAAAACGGCCGCGAGACAGCAAGCAAACGCUGAAACUGGUAUCAAAGACGGCUUUGAAGAAAUGGAACACUAAUUUCCGUUUGGAACAUUCCGACCAGGAAAUCAAGAGUCCCGGAAAUCUUCCACUAAAACGACCCGAAAAGUCAUGUUCCUAACUUUCCGACCGGAUCUUCCGGAGACAUUUUGCAAAUGGUAAGCAACCUACUACCCAGCUAUGAUCGGGCGUAGCAUAUUAGAUAUUUUCACAAACUUAUAAGGGGUGUCUGAUAUUUUAUAAACAUCUCUAUUGUAAGAAAACCUUUAUGUGUUGCUACCGGCUUUUGAAGUUAUCACGACAAAUACUACCUUCUUUUUUGUUCAUAGAAAAUGUCACGGAUAGUAAACGAAUGCAAGUUUCAUGGUCAUCGCUUGUCAGCUGCCGGCCUUAACUGUGUAUCGUAAGGCAGUAUUCGUAGCACAAAAUUGCCCAUCGAAGACCUAUAGGUAUUCCAAGUACAAAGUGUCAGUCAUUUUACCCCUCAUACGACGCUACAUGAUGACAGGGCUGAUCCAUUUCAAAAACUGUUGUUGGAAAUUUUGACUUAAGAACCGUUUUUAUAGGAAACUUACACCAACGAUGCCUUCUCCCAUUGUACCCAGGCCCAAUGCAAUAGGAACCGAAUUCGAAUCAGUUUCAAUUUUUCGUUGUGAAAGAGAUAGAAGACAAGGUUUUGUAGGUUUUACUAGGAGAAUGGUAUAACUGCAGAUUAAGCAGAACAUGCAGAAUGAUUUCCACUUUUUUAAAAUUAAGUUUGGCAGAAAUAAGAAAGUCUGCAAUAUGUCACCGAUGGUCUCCUUAUACAAUCCAAAUCCCAUUCAGGGACUAAAAUUUCCCAUUUCCUUUAUUAAAUUUCCCUUUCAUAUUUUCUGUCAGCUUUUCUUACGCUUCUCGUUUUUUAGUUGUACGCCAAUUAACAUAGGUAGCAUCCCGAUUUAUCAUAAGGAUCAUGUCUAUUAAUUACUGCGUCAUAUGACCCCCACAUUUUUACCACGCACCCUUUUAAUCUCUGUCACUUUGAUCUUUUUAAAACUUCCCUUUGAUAAAUAGGUUGACAGCCCUUCGAUCCGUUACAUAAUGCAAGAAAAAAUUCACAUGAAAUUCCCCGGAGAAGACGGUUCCUCAGGAAUCAAGUGGCACCAAGACUGGGCAUUUCUUCCCCACACAAAUGAUAGCAUUGUUACCGUUGGCUUGGCUGUGGAUGACUCCACCAAAGAAAAUGGUAAGCAACAGAAAGCUAGGUAGAGCGAUUUUCGUAUAACCUUUAAAUGAAAACUUGCGAACAAAACAGAAACAACAAACGAACGGCAAUAGAGCGAUUUGAUUGGUUUAUCGAUGAUCUUUUCAUCCAUUGGCUGAAUAAAACAAAUAACGAACACUUACCGAAACCAUUUUUCAAGGUCAUACGAAAAUCGCUCUAACCUAAGAAAACAACCGACUUUUAGCCACGGCACCUUUGUUUUCCAUACGAAAUGUAGCCUGCGUAGCGUGGUGGUUCUGGUCGGGCGCGCAACGACAAAACCGUCACGCUACGUGGGCUAUACGAAAUGACGUCCAAGGAAGGAGCGCAGAAAUUCCAUACUGAUGACGCGUCAUUACCCAGAUUUGGGCUGCUCUUCUGAUUGGUUGAAGCAAAUAUCCCCAGGGCACGACUAAUCAAAAGCACCUCCCAGAACUGAGUAGUGACAUGCAAUCAGUAUUGAAUUUCUGAAGUCGUCACUCAGACGUCAUUUCGCGGGAAAACCAGUGGUAGCGUCGCAAAAUGUCGGCUAUUUUCUCAGGCUAUGAGCUACGCUACCCUUUUGCUUCGUAAAGUAAGCUGUCAGAUUUGAAGGAAGACGGUUAACGAAAAGCUUUUUUAUUCAUCACCGUGUAAUAUACAGCGCGCAGCGUGUAAUACAUUAUCGCGUCGCUCUCUUUAAUGUAGGCUUGCCGUACAGCAAAAUUAAACAUUGUUGCAUGAAUUAUACUAAAUCAUAAUCCUUGCCAUUGAAGUGAAACAGCGGCAAUAAGUUUUCCUUUCCUUUGACGCCAGUUUUAGUUUCAGUUUCUAGCGACUGAGGAUUGAUCGUUCGCUGGAUACAUGGACAUAGGAAGGCCUUAUAUAUACAUGCACUUUUAAGGCUCUAUGUAAAGACGAUUCAUCUUUCCUUUCUCCAAAAGGCUGCCUUCAAGUCGUCCCUGGAACUCAUAAACAGCCAAUCCUUUCUCACUUUAAGGACGGCAAUUUUGUGUCAGCAAUAGAAGAUCCGUCCUUUGACUCCAGUAAAGCUGUACACGUUGAAGUUCCAGCCGGCGGUGCGUCAUUUCACCAUGUGCGCACAGCGCAUGCUUCAGGACCCAACAACUCGACACAAUCAAGACGAGUGUGCUUCACUCAGUAUUGUGCUACCGAUGCCUGGCCUCUCAUUGGCGUUGUUGGACCGGAGGGGUAUGGUGUUGAAGGUCCAGUGGACUGGGAACGAUUCUGUUCGACCAUUGUACGUGGUUCACCAACUCUUUAUCCACGAAUGGUGGAAAUUCCGAUAUCUUUGCCAUUUCCAUACGAAAGAGGAUAUGAUGUAUUUCACAACGAUUCUCAAGAAGCAGCAGAAAGUAAACAGUAGUUUUGCGUUAUAACUUAACUCUGCUCCAACUAACAAACAUUCUAAUAAGACGUAAUAAGAAUCUUUAUGUGUUGGAAGGUUCCAUGACAUGUAGCGCUGUUUUCAGGGAUUCCUCCGAAGACAAACAGAAAAUUAAAACAAACAAACAAAUGAAUUGAUCAUUGACUGGGUUAAAAUAAAUACUGUACACUGCGAGCAGAGGUUUUUCUCUUGCAUGUCUUUCAGCGUUUAACUAGAUCAAAUUAACUACGCGACCGACAAGCUACGCG